AUGAAAGAUUUUAAAAAUGAUUAUAAAUUACCAAUUAAUUUAUCUUAUAUAACAACAUCUUCAUCUUCAUCCUCAUCCUCAACCUCAACCUCAUCAUUAUCGAUAUCAUCAUCUUCAUCACCAUCAUCAGUAAUGUAUAUAAACAAUAAAUUGUCAGAUUAUACAUUAAAACAUUCAUUAUAUAUAACUGAUCAAAAUCAAAAUAAUAAUAAUAAUAAUUUUAAUACUUAUAAUAAUAGUACUACUAAUUACAAUAUCAUUGAACGUAAAUUAAAAACAAGAUUAGAAUCAUUACCAAAAAUGUAUAGUAUCCAAGAGAAUAUUGAUUAUGAAUUAGGUAUAAAAUUACCAAAAAUAAUUACAAAUUAUCAUAAUAAACAAACAAAAUAUUUUUUAAAUUUAAAUUAUAAUAAAUUUUAUAAAAAACGUAAAACAUUUAAUUUAAUAAAUUAUACAACAUAUAAACCAAUAUUAAAUUAUUCAUAUAAUAAUGGAGAGAAUGAAAUAAAUAAAGGAAAUAAUAAAUUAUCAUUACAACGUUCAUCUGUAAUUAGUACUACGAAUACUACGAAUACUACUGCGAAUACUACUUAUAACAAUAAUAGUAAUAAUAAUAAUACAAAUAGUACAUUUUAUAAACGUUCUGAUUAUGGACGAUUUAAACGUAGUAAAGAUUGUGGACCAUCUUUAUCUGAUGUUCCAAUGAAUGUUGAUUUUAAUACAUUAAAUCCAUCAUGUACUUCAAAUCGUUAUCAUAUAUUUAAUUUUGAACAAGUGAAAUAUUUAGAUGAAAUAAUGAAUUCAUAUAUAAGUAUUUCACCAAAGCCUGUAUAUCAAAAUUUUUUAGGUACAAACAAUAUCAUAUCACCACCAUCAUCAUCAUUAUUACCAACUACAUCUUUACCAACAGUCACUAGUAAACCAUGUUCAUGUUUCUGUACACAUAAUCCGAUUAUUCAUGAUUUUAUGAAACAUUCAUAUACAAAACAUUCAGAUCAUUUAUCUUCUGAUUGUUUGAUUAAUUCGACUAACUUAAACAAUACUGAAAGUAAUGAUAAUAUUGAUAAAGUAAUCUCUUCAUCCGUUCCAACUACAGUACCAGUAUCAAAGGUAAAUAAUUUAGUAACAUCCAAUCCAACAGGCUUUUCUAAUAGUGAAAUCAAUAACACAAGUAUUGAUAAUACCAUAAACAAUGCUUAUCAACACCUAACAAAUGAUUGUUGCUUACCUAAUCAUCAAAAUACAAUUUCACAUUCCCUUAUUCCACUUACAUCACAACAACCACCAAAACUACCAACUAUUCGUACACAAUUAAAGAAACUUAUUAGAACAAUACGCGAUGGAUUACUGAAAGAAUCAAUACCAGUUAAAGAGAUACGUUUAAAUGGUGAAGUUGCAAGUUCUAUCAUUAUUGGUUCAGAAAAUAAACAAAUAUUUCAUGAUAUAGAAUUAUUAUUUUAUGUUGAUUUAUCUAAUUCUACAACAUGUACAAAAAUUAAAUCAGUAGUAUAUUCAUGUUUAGAAAAUAUUUUAAAAGAUACAAUAAUUUUAGAAAAUUUAUCAAAUAUUACAAAUAAUUGUAUAUAUUGUUAUAAUUCUAUAUUACCAUUUAAUAUAUCAACAAUACAAACAACACAAAAUUCAUAUUAUUGUAAAUCAUGUUCAUAUUGUAAAUUGAAUUCAUUCAAUAUACCGGCUAAUUUAAAUAAAGAAAAUUUAGAAAAUUUAAAUCAUCAAAAAAUCAAUACAAAUCAAUAUUCUAAUUUAUCAUUUCCUAUAAAUCAAUCAUUAAUUAAUCGUCAACCAUUACAUGAAAAUCAAUUAAAUACUAUAUCAUAUAAUAAUAUUAUAAAAGACAAUCAAUGUAAUUAUCCUAUAUUAACUAAUCAGCAUACAAUAAAUAAUAAUAAUAAUCAUUAUUAUUAUUAUUAUAAAUUAAAUCAUUCAUUAUGUUAUUAUCAUUCAUUAAUGUCAUCCAUAGGAUGUUCAAAAUGUUCAACAUGUUCAAUAUGUUCAAAAUUAUUGAAUCAAUUCAAUCAACAUCAUAAUACAAAUUACAAUCAUAAUAAUAAUAAUAAAUAA